GAGGUCAAAGUGAACUGGGCGACGACCCCCAGCAGCCAGAAGAAAGACACCAGCAACCAUUUCCACGUCUUUGUCGGAGACCUCAGUCCAGAAAUCACAACUGAAGAUAUAAAAGCAGCUUUUGCGCCAUUUGGAAGAAUAUCAGACGCCCGCGUGGUAAAGGACAUGGCAACAGGGAAAUCGAAAGGAUACGGCUUCGUUUCCUUCUUCAAUAAAUGGGACGCAGAGAACGCGAUUCAGCAGAUGGGCGGGCAGUGGCUCGGCGGAAGGCAAAUCAGAACAAACUGGGCGACGAGAAAACCUCCAGCUCCAAAGAGUACAUACGAAUCAAACACCAAACAACUGUCUUACGACGACGUGGUCAACCAGUCCAGCCCGAGCAACUGCACCGUGUACUGCGGCGGUGUUACUUCGGGACUGACAGAGCAGCUGAUGCGCCAGACCUUCUCUCCCUUCGGGCAGAUCAUGGAAAUCCGAGUCUUCCCAGACAAAGGCUACUCCUUUGUACGGUUUAAUUCCCACGAGAGCGCCGCGCACGCCAUCGUUUCUGUCAAUGGAACGUCUAUCGAAGGACACAUCGUGAAGUGCUACUGGGGCAAGGAGACACCAGACAUGAUCAGUCCGGUCCAGCAGCAGAACCAGAUCGGCUACCCGCCGGCGUACGGGCAGUGGGGGCAGUGGUACGGCAGCGCCCAGAUCGGGCAGUACGUGCCCAACGGAUGGCAGGUCCCCGCCUACGGGAUGUACGGGCAAGCGUGGAAUCAGCAGGGCUUUAAUCAGACGCAGUCGUCGGCAGCAUGGAUGGGCGCCAGCUAUGGCGUGCAGCCGCCACAGGGGCAGAACGGGAGUGUGCUAACCAACCAAACCGGGUACCGCGUGGCCGGCUUCGAAACACCGACG